UCCACACCCUUGAAUACAUACAUUUGCCUUGAUAGAUGAUGAGGAUGGCAAUGUUGUUCUAUAUGAUGGUGUUUGCAACAAUAUGUUCAUCAUCAUCAUCCAUGGCAAUAACAAGAGAGCAAGAAGAAGAUAGAAUAAGAGAGCUUCCGGGUCAGCCACGUGUCAGAUUCUCACAGUUCUCAGGAUAUGUAAGUGUAAACAAGAAACAUGGUAGAGCACUCUUCUACUGGCUCACUCAGUCUCCCUCUUCUCCCAACAACAAACCUCUUCUUCUCUGGCUCAAUGGAGGACCUGGUUGCUCAUCAGUAGCAUAUGGGGCAUCAGAGGAAAUUGGACCAUUCAGGAUAAACAAAACUGGUUCUUCUUUAUAUCUUAACAGAUAUGCUUGGAACAAAGAAGCAAAUAUUCUGUUUCUUGAAUCACCUGCUGGUGUUGGUUUUUCUUACACAAAUAUCAGCUCUGAUCUCCUAACUUCUGGGGACAAAAGAACAGCUCAGGAUGCACUGAUUUUUCUAGUUAAAUGGAUGUCAAGAUUCCCACAGUAUAAAUAUAGGGACUUUUACAUUGCUGGGGAGAGUUAUGCAGGUCAUUAUGUGCCUCAGUUGGCUAAGAAAAUCUAUGAUUAUAAUAAAGAACAUCCCAACAUUAUUAAUCUCAAAGGGUUCAUUGUGGGAAAUGCUGUGACUGAUAACUACCAUGAUAGCAUUGGAACUGUGACAUAUUGGUGGAGCCAUUCAAUGAUAUCAGAUCAUUCAUACAAAUCUAUCAUCAAACAUUGUGAUUUCAAAGCACAGAACACUUCUCAAGAAUGCAAUGAUGCUGUGAACUAUGCAGUCAACAAUGAAUUUGGAAACAUUGAUCAAUACAGUAUCUAUACUCCUACAUGCCCAGCAUCACAAAACAGCACUCUUAGGCGCAUAAGGCUAAAGACUACAAUGUUUCAUAUGAUUUCUGGCUAUGACCCUUGUACUGAAAAUUAUGCAGAGAAAUAUUAUAAUCUUCCUCAAGUGCAGAAAGCAAUGCAUGCAAAUGUUACCAACAUUCCUUACAAAUGGACUGCUUGCAGUGAUGUGCUCCUGAAAAAUUGGAAGGACUCUGAAUUUUCUAUAUUGCCCAUAUACAAAGAGUUAAUUGCAGCUGGAUUGAGAAUAUGGGUUUUCAGCGGGGACACAGAUUCAGUGGUUCCAGUUACAGCCACAAGGUUUUCACUCAACCAUCUCAACCUCACCAUUAAAACUCCUUGGUAUCCAUGGUACUCAUCAGGUGGACAGGUAGGUGGAUGGACAGAGGUAUAUGAUGGACUGACAUUUGCAACAGUGAGAGGAGCUGGACAUGAAGUACCACUGUUUCAGCCAGAGAGAGCUCACAUUCUUUUCAAGUCAUUUUUGGCAGGGAAGAAGCUACCAAAGUCUUGAAAUGUGUUACAGUGUUUAACUUAGCUGCACCUCAAUGCAUUCUUUAACCAAUCAGAUAUCAAUAUUUUUUUCCAUCUCAUUUGCUUAAACAGAUAAUAUACACCUACUCAUUAAAUUGUAACA